AUGCCGCCCAAGGUGACCAUAAAGAGGAAGGCCUCGGGCGCCACGGGCCCUGCAAAGAGCGGCAAGGCUUCCGCUGCGUCGACACCUGGGCCUGGCACUCCUCGUAGUAUGGCGAGUUCGGAAUCGGAGAACUCAGAUGAUGAUGACGGCGACGUUGAAGGCCUCGACUACAGCAAAGUCAUUGCAACAUUUGCUCCACAAACCUCCAAGCCGCCAGCUUCAGGGUCCAAAAUGGACUCGGUGUCAAAUUUGUUCAAGAACGGCAAACGCGACUAUUCGUAUUUGAAGCUCAAGCCUGAUCAUGCGAAUCGGCCAUUGUGGAUUAAUCCUGACAAGGGCAUCAUCAUUUUGGAGAGCUUCAAUCCGCUCGCCGAACAGGCCCAAGACUUCCUCAUCACCAUAGCUGAGCCCCAAUCAAGGCCGACAUUCUUGCAUGAGUACGCUUUGACGGCUCAUAGUCUGUACGCUGCAGUCUCAGUCGGCUUGCACCCACAAGAUAUCAUCAGCACCCUUGACAGAUUCCUGAAGACUCCACUUCCUGAUUCCAUGCGCGACUUCAUCGAGGUCUCUACUAAAAGCUACGGCAAAGUGAAGCUUGUAUUGAAAAACACGCAGUAUUUUGUUGAGAGUUCCGACCCAAACGUGCUGCAGAUCUUACUGAAGGACGAGGUUAUUGGCCCCUUGCGUGUACAAGGUUCAGAAGCCAUCACCACGGCUGCCCCGAAACGAGGCGGUCUUGUCAUUCCCGGAACUAAAGAGGCUUCGGGGGUGAAGCAAGUCCAGGAUCCCAACUCGACCGACGCUACGAAUGCAGAGGGUGACAAGCCCGUCGAGGAGGACAUGCUUACCAAGGCACUGGAAGCAGAGGAUGAAGACGAUGCCCAGGCCGUCCAUGCAUUCCAAAUAGAGGACGAGGGUGUGGAAAUCGUACAGAAACGGUGCCUAGAGCUCAACUAUCCCAUCUUGGAAGAGUACGAUUUCCGAAAUGAUACGUUCAAUCCGGUCCUCGACAUUGAUCUCAGGCCGAACACACAAGUCCGUCCAUACCAGGAAAAGAGUCUCAGCAAGAUGUUCGGUAACGGCCGCGCAAAGAGCGGGAUCAUCGUCUUGCCUUGUGGAGCAGGCAAAACCCUGGUGGGAAUUACGGCUGCUUGCACGAUCAAGCGGGGAGUCAUUGUGCUGUGCACAAGUACCAUGUCGGUCGUCCAGUGGCGUGACGAAUUCCUCAAGUGGUCCAACAUCGCGCCGGCCGACAUUGUUGCCUUCACGUCCGAUGACAAGCAAAAGUUCAACAGCGAGACUGGAAUUGUUGUCGCCACCUAUAACAUGAUUACUCAUGAUAAGAAAAAGCGAUCGCACGAGACGCUCAAGAUUCUAGACUGGCUCCAGUCACGGGAGUGGGGUCUCAUGAUCUUGGACGAGGUGCACGUUGCGCCUGCAAAGAUGUUCAGAAGGGUGACCUCGGCGCUCAAGUCUCACUCGAAACUUGGCUUGACGGCGACCCUUCUUCGAGAGGACGAUAAGAUAUCGGAUCUGAACUUCCUCAUUGGACCCAAACUAUACGAGGCUAACUGGAUGGAACUUUCACUCGGAGGGCACAUCGCAAGGGUUCAGUGCGCCGAGGUCUGGUGCCCGAUGCCCACUGAGUUCUACCGCGAGUACUUGAGGAGCACCAGCAACCACAAGGCUCUGCUGUACAUCAUGAACCCCAUGAAGUUCCAAGCCUGCCAAUAUUUAAUCAACUAUCACGAAGCACGUGGCGACAAGAUCAUUGUGUUCUCGGACAAUGUGUACGCACUCAAGAAAUACGCGUCCGUGUUGAACAAAUGCAUGAUUUACGGCGGUACCAGCAAUUCGGAACGACAGUUGAUUUUGAAGAACUUUCAACAUAAUCCGGAGAUCAACACACUGUUUCUUUCCAAGAUUGGCGACACAUCGUUGGAUCUUCCCGAAGCGACCUGCCUCAUUCAGAUCUCAUCCCACUAUGGAUCCCGUCGUCAGGAGGCGCAGCGACUUGGGCGGAUCUUGCGAGCCAAAAGGAGAAACGACGAGGGUUUCAACGCAUUUUUUUACUCACUGGUUUCGAAGGACACAACUGAAAUGUACUAUUCAGCAAAAAGGCAAGCAUUCCUUGUCGAUCAAGGCUACGCUUUCAAGGUCAUCACGCAGCUGGCCAAUAUGGAGAAUAUUCCCGACCUCAAGUACAACACGGCGGAAUCACGGCUUGAGUUGCUCCGGGAGAUUCAAAUUGAGAACGAGAAACAGACGGAAGGAGACGAGGAGAUAGACGAUUUGUUCCACAGCGGCAAAAUAGCAGGCAAGGGCAGAAAGAAGGCCAACGUCAGACGUAUGGCCGGCCGAAUGGAUGAAUACAGCGGCGGGCAGGGUAUGACGAUGAUGGAACGUGGACCGACCAGGAAUACACAGCUCAAGAAGACCAAAAAGGCAGAGAGCAGCUCAUUUUUCAAGAAGAUUGCGAGAGAAAACGAGAAGCGAAGACAGGUGGGCUGA